AUGGAAGGCAAAGAAAUAGAUCAGAGAUCCCGAGCAGAGUCCGGUGCAACUGCGCGAGGCGAGGGCCUGACCUCUCCUACCCGUAGCUCUCGUACCCGAGGCGAAUCUAUCUCCGGAACCACCCUCGCAGCCCGACCACAUCGCAGAUCUACUGUGACCAGGCCCGCUGAAACGUCGCAGCUGGAUUCGGCCCAUGAGACUUAUGUGCAGCCCGGGUAUACCGAUCUAAACCCGGCAUACGGGCAGCCGGCCAACAAAAAGAGACCCAUCUGGUCCUUGGCGAAGCCUUUCCCCCGUGUGGUGCGACCGUCAAUGGUGCCGACCGAGGAAGAUAUCCGUCGGCGACAGGCCAAGGCCGAGCUUCGAGCGCAGCACCGAGCACAACGGGCGCAACGAGCGCAACGAAAGCAUCGAACAGAGAACUCUCAGGGGCAUGGGCAGGAGGUCGGUCCCAAUGGGGCGGAGCAGCAAGGAUCGGAAGAACCACAGGGGUCAUUGCGGCGCAUGUUCAGGAAGCUCAGUUGCUCGAGCUAG